UCAACGUGGCCUUAACCGCUUUACUCAACAACCAUGGAUUACGCAACAGCUACGACCAAAGGAUCGAUACACAUUGAUGAUGAAGACGAUGAGGAGGAGGAGGUUUGCAGGAUUUGCAGAAUCCCAGGGGAUCAUGAUGCGGACAAUCCGCUUCGUUAUCCGUGCGCUUGCAGCGGGAGCAUCAAGUUCGUUCACGAGGAUUGCCUCCUUCACUGGCUUACUUACUCCAGAUCUCGUCGUCGAUGCGAGGUCUGCAAGCACAGUUUCUCGUUCUCGCCGCUUUACGCCGAGAACGCUCCCGCGAGGCUCCCGUUUCGCGAGCUCGUUGCUGGUGCCGCGGUGAAAGCUUGCAGCAGCAGCCGUGUUCCCCGGCUGAGUCUGGUGCUUUCGCUCUGGCUUCUCGCCGUUCCUCUCGUUACCUUUUGGAUGUGGAGAUUGUGUUUCCUUCGGUGUUUUGGUCAGCUGCUGUUAAGCCACGUGUCCGCCGCUGAUUGUUUGUUUGGGUUUGUACUAUCGGCGAGUAUCAUGUUCGUUCUCUGUGAAGCGACUUCGUUGAGGGGUUACUUUAGGCAUUUGAGAGUUUCGUUGUAUGAGGUGGUUGGGAUGGAUGGUCCGUUGUUUCGUUUGGUUGAGAAUGCCUUUAGUGUUCUGGCCAGCAAUUUGUUAUUCCUUGGUGCUGUCAUCUUUGUGCCCUUCACACUUGGACGUGUUAUAUUGUACUAUUUUGCAGAUACUACUGGUCUGAACAAUGUGCUGCUGAAUGCUGUCUCGAAUGGGCUGUUUGGUCAGCUCACAGAAAUGUUGAAAUUAAAAGUCAAUGGAAGUGAAUUGAGUGGAGCAAUCAAUAAUACACUAUUUGUUGCUGCUGGUCUCUCAUCGACGCUUUACGAUGUAACAACUCUGAGUGUUGGGUACAUGUUUAUUGUCUUUCUGGUGUUCUUUUACCUCGGGAUCACUGCGGUGAUUCGGUAUUUCAAGGGUGAGCCGUUGACCGUUGGGGGAGUUUAUGGGAUCGGUUGGAUAGGAGAAACUGUGUCACCUCUCCUUGGGCAGUUCUUGGUAGUGAUGAGAGUAGGAUUCAGAGUUGCCUCUUUUGUGGUUGUCAUGUUUGGGGUCUUCCCACUGAUGUGUGGGUGGUGGCUAGAUGUUUGCACGGUUAUGAUGUUUGGUCAGACGAUGUCCUACAGACUAGAGUUUUUAUCAGUUUCUCCACUUGCAAGCUCACUUGUUCAUUGGGUUGUUGGAGCCAUGUACGACUGGUAUUUAUUAAUAUUGGAGAACCUUCUUCGAGAGGUUCUUCGCCCUGAAGUUUUGUAUAUCCUUUAUGGUCCCGAAGAUGAUGAGGAUGAGUCAAUCCGAUAUUAUAUUUAUGAUCCAGUACACAAGCUUGCUCGGGAUGCUUUGUUUUUUGGUGCACAGUAUGGGAGUUGGAUUGUCUUGUUGGUGUUUUUACCAUCUAAACUUGCGAUAUGGAUGGCUCCUUCAAUCUUCCCUCUCGACAUAUCUGUAUCGGACCCUUUCACUGAGAUUCCUGCCGGCAUUGUCCUGCUUACAAUUUGCACACCGUUUAUCAUCGAGCAUUUUAGAGUCGAGACCACAGUUGUGUCCCUUCUACGCUGCUGGUUCACAUGCGUCGGUUGGGCCCUUGGUUUAACAGACUUCCUCUUGCCAAAACCAGAGGAUAACGCUGGCCAGGACAACGGAAAUGCUGAACCAGGACAGAACAUAGAACAAGUAUUGGAUGUCGGUGGACCUGACAUGGCCGUGGCUGCUCUUCCAGUCGCUGAUGGCCCAAACAGAAGUCUCCUCCAAGAGUACAACUUUCAGCUCCGGAUAAUCCUUCUUAUACUUGUUGCAUGGGUUACUCUUCUUCUGGUCCAUUCUACAUUGAUAGUUGUACCAGUUUCUCUUGGUCGUACUCUGUUUAAUGCCAUCCCAGUUCUCCCAAUAACGCAUGGCAUCAAAUGCAAUGAUUUGUAUGCUUUCUUCAUUGGCACGUAUGCCUUUUGGACUACCAUAUCUAGUGCCAGGUGUGCUGUUGAGCAUGUCAAGUCAGAGAGGAGUUCAGUCUUGCUUAGUCAAAUAUGGAAAUGGUGUGGGAUUGUCAUCAAGAGCUCGGUGCUUUUAGGCAUAUGGGUUCUUAUCAUUCCGGUACUAAUCGGACUUCUGUUUGACCUUUUGGUGAUUGUCCCAAUAAGAGUCCCAGUAGAUGAAAGCCCUGUCUUUCUCCUGUAUCAAGACUGGGCUCUUGGCCUCAUCUUUACGAAUAUAUGGACUAGACUGGUAAUGCUUCAGAUAGUGGAUGAUAGCUGGAGAGCAAAGUUUGAGAGAGUAAAAGAAGAUGGAUUCUCAAGGCUUCAGGGGUUAUGGGUACUUAGAGAGAUUGUACUCCCGAUCGUGAUGAAACUGCUAACAGCAUUAUGCGUUCCUUAUGUCCUGGCGAGAGGAGUGUUCCCAAUGCUCGGAUGUCCGCUAGUUGUGAACUCGGCGGUCUACAGAUUCGCUUGGAUAGGUUGUCUCACGGCGAGCCUCUUGUGCUUCUGUGCAAAAAGAUGCCACGUCUGGUUCAGAGACCUUCACGACUCGAUCCGUGAUGAUCGUUAUAUCAUUGGUCAGAGACUCCAUAACUCCGGGGAGGAAGCUGCUUUGGCUAUAAAGGAAAGCCAAAGCAGUGAAGUUGCAGGAGAUAGGUGAGCGAGAUGGUGGACUUAGAGACUUAGACGUGCAAUCUAGCAAGAAGAUUAGGAAGAAGAUUAUGUGACGGAUAGAGCCAAUAUAAAAAUGUGUUAGUGUCCCUAGCCGUUCCAAUGGAACACCACUGUAUAUAUCUAAUUAAAUAUAGUAGUUUUAGCAAGUAAAAUCUUAUUAGUAUCGGUAUAUGUUAACUUAUAAUCUAUGAAUCACUGCGGUGAACUAUUCCAAUUACAGAAGCUUUUUAUUGUACA